AUGAGUGGCAGUGGGACAAUCAAAGAGCAGGCUGGAUCGCAGCAAGUUUGUGCUGAAGCUGUUGUAUCUCAAACUCCCAGUAAACAAGCCUCCUUUACUUCUUCACCUUCUAAUGAGGCAAAUACUAUUUCGCCUACUAAUGCUAAGCAGGCAUAUCAAAGCCAACAAUCUCCCAGCCACGUGAGCAAAUCGAGUACCAGUGAAAUUGAGCCAUCAGCUAAGAAUGGUACUACUGCUGCUCCAAUUAGGGAGAUUAAAACAAAGACAAAUUCUCGACCAUCCGAAGUCUUGGAAAGAGCUCGAGCUGCCAUUGCCUCUGCAGACCGUGCAACAGCAGCUGCAGGCGCAGCUGCUGAGCUGGUGAAUGUGAAAUUUGGUUCACUGAAACUGGAAGGAGCUUCAUCAUAA